GUAGUGUGGGUUUCUGCAACAUUAUUUUUGAUCUUUCUUACCAGACAGAUUCUGGAGAGCUGAAGAACUUUAGUUUGCCGUUUGUCCAGAGUAUUGUAUACAGAAGGAUUUAAAAAGAAAUCUCACUGCAACACAAAAUAACGGUUGAAGCUAGCGAAUCUUCGCUCUUUGUUGUUUUAAAUGAUCAUUUAUCGGCGAGCUCCAACCAUCGGUGAGAUGGCCUGGGCGACUGGACGGCACUUUAACUGAGCCAUGAAAGUGCAAUCCAGCGGCGGGAAAUAUAUCUGCGCGCGUGCGCACUAAAUCGGGAGCCGGCGUGUGGCUAGCGCGCGUGCGCAGUUAGACGAGUACGGACGGGAUCGAAGUCACGUGUGAAUGCCCUUGCGCCGGAAGAGAAGGAGGAGCGGAGGCGGUUUGAAUGGUCGGCACGGCAACUGCUGCAGAAGGUGAAUCAAUAGUAAAUAGAACAAAAAAAUCUUGCUAACUUGUUCCAUGGCCCAAGUGAACUCGGACCAAGAGCAGUGUCCCAUGAAAAGUGGUGCAUAUGUUAUGAGCAUUUGUAAGCGUGGCCAGACCUUGGCUUGACGAUCACGGCGGGACAGUUUAAGCCAACUGUGUGCAGAGUCACCAUUUAUCUGCAGAGAGACAUGUCUGGAGACACCUGCUUAACAUCACUGUACUCAUCUUCUGGAGCCAAACCCAAGGUCCUUGGCUUUAAAGGAGGAAGCACUGGGAACAAAUAUGUCCGAUUAAAUGUUGGAGGCUCCCUGUACUAUACCACAGUUCAGAUUUUAACCAGACAUGAUACUAUGCUGAAGGCAAUGUUUAGUGGAAGAAUGGAAGUUCUUACUGACAAAGAAGCAGGUUGGAUUCUUAUUGACCGUUGUGGCAAACAUUUUGGCACAGUUUUGAACUACCUGAGGGAUGACUCGAUUAUCCUUCCAAAGAGUAGGCGGGAAAUAAAAGAACUGUUGGCAGAGGCUAAAUAUUACCUCAUUCAGGGCCUGGUGGAUGUGUGUCAGACUGCUUUGCAGGAAAAGAAUGAAUGCUGUGAAGUUGCAUGUACAAUUCCCAUGAUCACCUCUCCUAAGGAGGAAGAACAACUAAUUGAAACAUGUACAAAGCCUGUUGUGAAGCUGCUACAUAACAGAAGCAAUAACAAAUAUUCCUAUACUAGCAAUUCUGAUGACAAUUUGUUGAAGAACAUCGAGCUGUUCGACAAGUUAUCCCUGCGAUUUAAUGGAAGAGUGCUGUUUAUGAAGGACGUUUUAGGAGAUGAGAUUUGCUGCUGGUCAUUUUAUGGGCAGGGACGCAAACUUGCAGAGGUUUGCUGUACUUCCAUUGUGUAUGCAACAGAAAAGAAGCAAACUAAGGUUGAAUUUCCAGAAGCACGAAUUUAUGAAGAAACAUUAAAUGUCUUGCUUUAUGAAACUCCACGUGUACCUGAUAAUUUGUUAUUGGAAGCUACUAGUCGAACCUCUGGUCAGGGAUCACACAGUGAAGAUGAAGAGGCAUUGGAAGUUAGAGAUCGUGUGCGUCGAAUACAUGUGAAAAGAUAUAGCUCCUAUGAUGACAGACCUCUUGGACACCAGGCUGCGUAUAGAGAUUAACAUUAUAAUCAGAUGGAUAGGUGUGAACAGUACUUACAUUUUAAAACACUUUUUAUCUACUGAUGUUCAUCAACAAUUGGAUUAUCAUGGAACAUGAAGGCAACUGACUGACUAGAAAAAAUGUGCUUUCAAGGUUAAUUUUCUUUAAUUUGUUGUAAUGUUGAUUUUUGUUUCAUGAAAACCUUUUGUAAGUAGAGCUGAAAUGCUUGUCAAAAGUUGUGUAUUAAUUAGCCUUAACUCCAUUGUAGAUUAUCUUUCUAUUGAUCUUUAGUUUCAGAAAUCUGAAAUGUCAAUUUGAUGCAAGUCUGGUUUACCUAUGGCAGUGGAGAUGAAGUUUUAUGCCAGUGCCAUGAACGUUCUCUUGUGACCAUGCAUUUCCACAGAAGGAGGAAACGAUCACAGUGAGAGUUUUCCUCACAUUAUUACAUGCCUUUUUUUCAGACAAUGGAGGCUUCGGAUCAAAUGCACCUCACCCAUUAUUGUCACUGUUUUUGGCUUUGGACGUUUAGGGGAUUCAUCCUCAAAAUAUCAGAAGGAUACAUUUGAGUUUAAGUCUGUCUGCUAAUUUCUGUUCACUAUGGAUCAAUAUACUAUAGUGCAAUUACUCUCUGAACCAUUGAGGGUGCCUUUGUUUACUACUGUUAAGUUUAUCAUUCAUUCAUUCAUUCAUUCAUUGAAUAUAACAAUGUUUUGGGAGUGCAGAAGGAAAAAACAGUUUUAAUUACCAUUCUCUCAUCCUUCCGCACCAACUAUGUCAGCACCUUAGCAUUCCAGAUACCUAACAUAGUGUUUAUAUAGUGAAAUAUAUUUUACAUCAUGUAUUUUUAAUAGAACCUCUAAGGGGAUGUGUUUUUUUAAUAAGUAGCAUUGGCAUUCUGGGAUGAUGAUACAUAUUCUCUUAUCAUUAUAAAAUGAUGGAAUCGGAUUUGCAUCAGAAAAUUAUGUCAACUGGACCAAAAUGUUAAGUUUCUAUUUUUUAAUGUGUACACUGUCUGUUCUUUGUCUUUGUAUGAACCUGAGAUGGUAUAUUUGACACCAUAGUGCACUGUUUGGAUCAGAUUGUGGUAUGUUGGCUGAAACUGAUUUUAAGUAAUUGAACAUAAUCCAUCUAUUCAUAUAUGACUAAUGUGAGUAGCUCAAGUUUGACUUUCAAUUGGAGAAGUUUCAUGGGCUUGUGACUUAGCCAUGAUGCAAGCCAGGAUUAGACUGCUUCAGGUUGUGGUGAGAUUAUUUGCCUAAUUCAUCCUUUUUCACUGCCCUUCCCUGAAUCAAACCAGUUACUGGCUGACUAUAGAAUAGAUUUGACAACAACUGAAGGAGCGAUUAAAAGCAAGUCUGCAUAUUUAUGUCUGGAUUUGAGCUCCAUUUACCUUCAUCAAAGCAAAACAACUUCUCCUUCACUCCCUUCCAGUGUGGCUUUCUGCUUCACAAGGAACUGUUUCUAGAAUGCACUUUCUUGCAUUGUACUACUUUAUCAUGUUAGGUAAUUGUGUCUGAAGAAAACAUACCCCCAAGGGAAGCCCUCCUCAUCGCUCGGACAAAACAGCUUAGAACUUGAAUCACAACCAUAUUGGGGAUGACAACACAGUGAAAGCUUUGGCAGGCCUAUAGUAAAUUAAUUCACUGCCCUCAUUAGGAUGGUACUGCUGCAUGUGAGUGCUACGUAUGGCCCCAGAGGCUCGCUAAGAAAACAUGGGAAAGUGGGAGUUGGCAUGACCAACAGUCAGCAACGGCCUGUAAUGGUGCUGUUUUAAAGAUGACUACUGCAGGGUCUCAGCUUCCAGUCACUUUUUUAAAGGUUUAGUGGUGUACUUGCUGAAGGCUCUGAAAUACUGUUUCCAGCACAUACCUGUGGGAUUAACAUCAGUUGUGUGCACUUAUUCUGAAUGCACACUGACCAGUUCUAACUCGUGUGUGUGUGUGUGGUGCAGUUUUGGCAGAGGAAGAGUGUAUGCUUAUAACCUAGUUUCAGCUAUUAGGUACACAUUUUACACCUAUUGAAUUUCUAGGCUUGUGCUGUAAACUGUGUAAUCUCAGUACCAUUUAGACAACUGUACUUUUGCAUUUAAAGCUAAAUGAGCUUUACUGCCAGCCAUCAUAUCUGAUCGAUAGUGCUGAUUCUUUCCUAAACUCAGUAAAGUCACACAUAUCAACAAAGUGGUGAAAAACCUCCAAAGCUGUUGGUGUUUCACUUCUUCAGCGAAAAUUGCUUGGGUGAGAAGCGAUAAACAAAUCAUCUCAAAGAUGCAAAUAUUGAUGCCAUAAUACCUGCUAAAUUGCUUGACCACCAACCUUUUAUCACCUCAAAUGAGUCCAUACCAAAUGAGGUUCAAUCGUGUACAAUCACAGGACACAAGUAUUUCCUUUAGAAAGAGUAGUUUUUGUUUGCUUCAAUGAUAAGUGGUGUGGUAUUAUCACUUUUAUUGCAAAUUGGUUUCGAAGUUUACAUUUUGGUUUUCUGCCAAUCAGAAUGUAGAUAAUUAGGUGUCAGAAGCUAAUAAGUGAAUCCAGAUGAUCUCUAGAUGUAACUGAUUUCUAACCUUAGCAGUUCAUCGCUCCUGGAAGUGAAGUGUCCCAGAAUUUCAUAGUUGCAGCUAAACUAAACACCAAUUCUGCAGUACCUUAAUUAAUUGGGUACAUCAAUGAUUGACUCGAAGGAUAAAAGAGAAGAAAUUAAGGAAAAGGGAAUUUUUUAGACACUUAAUAUUGAUUUUUUAAAAAUAAUUUGAUCACAAAUAUAUUGAUGUCUACUUACAUUUCAGUCGUGUGUGAAUUUCCAAAUCUGUUUUUAUGAAUUAGUUAAUUUGUAAAAAUCUUCAAAAGCCUCAAAUAUUGCAGUGAUUGAGGUGCUGCUUGUGUCUCUGGAUUUUGUAACAUCAAAUAUUGCAGUUAAGCUGUGAAAUAGUUGUUUAAAUUGUGGUUGCUGAAAAGCUUAUAGUGACCCAGUGGGUUAACUAACGCUGGAAUAUUCACCCACAAAACCACUGUGUAAAUAAAACUACUCAAAAUUUUGACACUGUGAUGGAUUUUUCCUCCACAAAGUUGCUGUAUCACACGUAUUUAAAAUAAUCUGUAGUAACACUUAAGGAGUAACUUGCUGGGAGGAUUCUCUCACUUUUAAAGCAGAAUGUUGCUCCUUUUUAAAUAUUGUACUAAAAAAAUUAAAUAUUUACUAACCUCAAAA